UUAAAAUAAAAAUCGUCAAAUCAAAAACAAAUAUUUGUGUUAUGAACCAACUGAAACAAAUCCAUGCACACACACUCCGCAAUGGCACCGAUUUCACGAAUUUCCUAAUCUCAAAACUACUCGAAAUUCCAAACAUUCCAUACGCCCACAAACUGUUCGACCUUAUUCCUCAACCAGAUAUCUUCCUUUCCAACAAACUUAUUCAAGCAUUCUCUACACAUGGCCCAUUUCACACUUGUUUCACACUCUACACCCAAAUGUGCGUCAAUGGUUGUUCCCCAAACCAACAUACUUUCACUUCCCUUUUCGCCGCUUCCGCCAAACUUAAAUCCCCACCACACGGCGUCGUCCUCCACGCCCGUUUGGUUAAAUCAGGUUACGAGUUUGAUAUUUAUGCGUCUACUGCGUUAGUUGAUAUGUAUGCCAAACUGGGGUUGGUAUGUUUUGCGCGAAAAGCGUUUGACAAAAUGGUGAUCCGGGAUGUACCUGCUUGGAAUUCUUUGAUUGCAGGGUAUGCGAGAAAUGGGGAUAUGGAAGGAGCUGUGAAAUUGUUUGAUAUAAUGCCGGUUAAGAAUGUGGUUUCUUGGACUGCUAUGAUAUCUGGGUAUUCACAGAAUGGGAGGUACGGGGAUUCUCUUAAGUUGUUUUUGGAAAUGGAGAAAAUGAAAAAUGUGCCACCGAAUGAGGUGACUAUAGCUAGUGUGCUUCCGGCUUGUGCGAGCCUUGGAUCAUUGAAGGUUGGACAAAGGAUUGAAAGGUAUGCGAGGGCACGAGGGUACCUUAAGAAUCUGUUUGUGUGUAACGCGUUAUUGGAAAUGUAUGCAAGAUGUGGUAGGAUCGAUAAGGCUUUGUCGAUAUUUGUAAAAAUUGGUGCAAGAAGGAACUUGUGUUCUUGGAAUACUAUGAUCAUGGGUUUGGCUGUCCAUGGAAAAUCUAAUGAAGCUCUUCAGCUUUUCCACCAAAUGCUGGGAGAGGGUAUUCUACCAGAUGAUGUCUCAUUUGUUGGAGCAAUACUUGCAUGCACUCAUGGAGGAAUGGUAAAGAAAGGCAGAGCACUUUUCAAAUCAAUGAAAAAAGACUUCUCCGUCACUCCUAAACUUGAACACUAUGGAUGCAUGGUUGAUCUUUAUGGUCGUGCUGGAGAGCUGCUAGAAGCCUACAAUCUUAUACAAACUAUGCCAAUGAAACCAGACUCGGUAGUUUGGGGAACUUUGUUAGGUGCAUGCAGUUUCCAUAACAAUGUUGAGCUGGCUGAGAUAGCAGCCGAACGUCUUUACAAGCUAGAGCCAUGGAACCCAGGUAAUUACGUAAUUUUAUCCAAUAUAUAUGCGAAUACAGGGCGGUGGGAUGGUGUUGCAAGGCUAAGGAAGAUGAUGAAGGGUUCUCAGAUCAUAAAGGCGGCAGCAUAUAGCUUUAUUGAAGAAGGAAGUCAAGUCUAUAAGUUCAUUGUUGACGAUAGAUCACAUCCGAGAUCCAAUGAAAUUUAUUGGAUACUAAAUGAAGUUUCUACAAAGAUGAAGGAGCAUCAUGAUGAUGCAUCUAUUUUGGAAUGCUUAGGCUGAGAACAAUUGUCUGUGAUUAUUUUUCCAUCGGAGGUCCAAAGUAAAAUGAAGUAUUCGAAUGUAGUCAUUCUUCACUUGAAAUUUGAAGCUGAGCUGAGCAGAAUCAGAGAUUCUGUUACAUUUUUCAAGGCCCUUUGAGCUUCUAUUAGCCAAGUGCUAAGGCUUAUAUGGUCAAAGAUACGAGCUUGAUCUACCAAGACUUACUCUUAUGGUACGCUGCUCCUGUAGAUAGAAACAACAAGAGACUCCUAACCUGGAAAUGUGGAAGACUUUGGCUAUGUUCAAAGAAGUCAAAACAUUGGCCGGCACUCGUGUUAAAUGUUAGAUUCCGUUCGACAUAAUACCUCAUGAGGUUUUAUACUGUUUUGUUUUCAUUCAGAUGUUUAUGUCUCUUGUUAAUCACUUACCAAACAACUGACUGACAGAACAAUUAUUGUUAGGUGUGUUUUCAGAGUUUUAGGCAUAGUAAACCUGUUUAUUUCUUGCUUUACUUGGAUCUUAUAAAUUUUUUUGAGUAAUGUUCAUCGAAGAUAUGA